AUGACCGGAAGCCAUAGUGGAGCUAUGGCAAAAGUUGGAAGAUUUGAACUUUAUGACAAUGCAAACGGUGUCCCCGAAAAAAAUUUUUUCACGUCCGUGCAUGGGAAGGAAUUAGCGAUUGGUUAUGCAUCGUUAAGAGCGACAGUGGUAUGUUGGGAUAUCAACGAAGAAACCAACAAGCAAACGAUGAACGAGAUUAAAAUGAUGGGGAAAAACAAUACAUACGCAUAUCAAUGCAACGUAGCAGACAGGAAAGAAGUCUUUAAGAUAGCUGAAAAAGUGAGAAAAGAAGUCGGCGACGUUACUAUUUUAGUCAACAAUGCCGGUAUAGGGAUUGCUAAAAGACUCCUAAAUCAAACCGCCGAUGAAAUUACACGAGUUAUAGAUGUCAAUUUAAUUUCGCAUUAUUGGACAUUGCAAGCAUUUCUACCAAGUAUGAUCGAAAAGAAUCGCGGUCACGUUGUGGCGACCUCAUCACUAUUAGCACAUCAGGGCGUUACACAUGGUACGGUUUAUUGCCCCACAAAAUCCGCGGUCAAAGCACUUAUGGAAGCUGUCAGCGAUGAAUUACGUACAUAUAGCAAAGGUAAAUCCUUGAUUAAAUUCACUACCGUUUAUCCGACUCUAGUACUUACUGGAAUUGUCAAAAAGCUAAGAAUAAGGUAUGUUGACAUAAUGAUAUAAAAUUGACGAAUUGUA